AUGAAAGAAAGAAAAGCCACCGAGAGACAAGUUAGUCAGAGCAACAUUGACAAGAAAGGGGACAAAGAAAGGACAAGGCUUAAAAAUACAACAGGAAACAGAACGGGGAGCAAAAAGGACCGAAGAAGACCGAAGGAAACCGAAGACGCCCUAGGGAGACACCGGAGACCGAAAGAGACCAAAGAAGGACCGAAGGAGCCCGGAGGAGAGACCGAAGAAGGCCGACGAAGGAGACACCGACGAAGAACACCGAAUGAGACCGAAGAAAGAGAGGCCGACGAAAGAGACCGAAGGAGGGACCAAAGGAGGGACCGAAGGAGGUUUUCCUUCAGCAACCGCAACAUCAACACCACCACCACCUCCUCCAACAAUACCAAGAGCAACACCGCCUCCAACAACACCAUCUCCAACUACACCAUCACCAUAACCUUCAGUAACACCAAGAGCAACACCGCCUCCAACAACACCUAA